AUGUGCGUUUUUUCAGUUCAGUCUUGUUCAAGAGUUCAGUGUAAUCACCAGAUUCGAGCAACGUUUGAAGGACCAGCAAUGUUUUCGAUAAUCCGCAGUCUUUGGUUCAUCAUCUUAAUAUUUCUAGCGUAUUGUUGUGCGAGUGGAUCUGCACACACCAGAUUUGAACAUUCAUCCAGAGCGGCUGAAUCUGAACCAGGACAUUCGAAACAGCUCAAUCGCGAGAAAUUUCCACCCGCAGUGUUUCUGUUCCCUCCCGAUCUAUCGAAUGCUGCUGAGGAUUCUUCAGGACGCUAUUGUCCUUGCAGAAUAUCAACGCCCGAAUUACAACCGCAAGCGACUGAUUGGAGCGCAUUCAAUACUCCGAUAAUGGGAUCAAAAUCAAGACUGAAUAGACUUCUUGCAGAUCAGGAUGCAUACCAAACAUUCCUUCUUCCGGUUACGUUGAAAAAAUCGCGGGAUCGUGAAUGGGAAGCCUCACCCGUAACGAUUAGCUCGGAUCAUCAAGUCUUUCCGGCAAAAAUCCUCCUAAACCAAUAUGUUCUCUUGUCGAAACCAACCAAACCACUGUCGUUUCCUGUCAGCCGAUACCAGGACCUUAUGCUACCCAAAUUGGUGGCCUCUCGAGUGCCUAUACUGAAACUACCGAGGUCCUCAGGUGUUCGAGUCCAGUCACCCAGAUUCAACUCUUCACCAAGAUUAUUCACGUCAGCUCCCGACAUCGACUAUGAAACAGACAAUGAGAUGCCUCCACCUCCGCCACUGUUCGAAUCCAACGAAGCUAGCACA